AUGGACAAACUAAUUUUGGAUUUGUGCCUAAAACAAUUCAACAAACUACCUAAAACAGGCAAACCCACGGACAAGGAAUGGACAGUUUUGUCCUGCUUAGUGCAGCAACAAGAAAACUCAACUUUCGAAGUGGUAGCUUUGGGCACCGGUUCCAAAUGCAUUGGGAAAUCGAAAAUGUGCCCCAAAGGCACAAUAUUGAACGACAGUCACGCUGAAAUAAUGUGCAGACGGGCCUUUAUCAAGUAUUUGUAUAACAAUUUGCAAAAAGAAUCAAAGAUUUUUUGUUUUAAUGAGGCUACAAGGAAGUUUGCAUUGAAACCAGGUGUGAGGUUUCAUUUUUUCAGUAGUCAGGUACCUUGUGGGGAUGCUGCAAUUUGUCCCAAAAUUGAAGAGGAUUUUGUAGUUAAAAAGAGAAAAAUUGAGGACAUAAACAGAACAGGAGCUAAAUGUAUUGGGCAACAAGAUCCUAAGGGUUGUGGGCAAGAAUAUCACUUAUUAGGAGUUGUAAGGACUAAGCCUGGAAGAGGAGAUCCUACUGUUUCAGUUUCGUGCAGUGACAAACUAGCUAAAUGGUGUUAUUUAGGUAUACAAGGCUCCCUUUUAAUGAACUUUUUAGAUGAGCCUAUUUAUUUGGCUUCAAUGAUUUUAUUAAAGAAUAAUAAUUGUAAUUUUUCUUUAGAAAGGGCUUUAUAUAAAAGAUUUAGUAAUGUUGAUCUGAUAGGGCCUUAUAAGAAAAAUGUUUUAAUUAUUUAUGAAGUUGAAGAAGGUGAAUUUAAGUUUGCAAAAGCUGAUAAUAAAGUUGCUUGUGCUUCAAGUAUUGCCUGGUGUAAAAAUGAGCCUUGUGAAGCAGCUAUCAAUGGCAAAAGGCAAGGAGUUACCAAAAAGCAUUUAACUUCAGCAAAAGGCAGAUUGACAAUAUGUAAAUUAGAAUUAUUUAAAGUAUUUUUAAGUAAAUUAGAAGGUGGAGAUGCAAAUAUGUCUUAUAUUGAAGCAAAAAAUCUAAAUAAAACCUAUCAAGACAAUUGGCAAAGGUUAAAAGCAAAAUUUGGUGCUUGGACUGUAAAAGACUUAAAAUUAUUAGAAUUUAAACAAAAUUAA